CAAGCUAACAAACAAGAGAUGGAAUAACAGUGCAAUCUUAUUAAAAGUUAAAUAUUUAUGUAAAUGUUACCGGCUACUUAAAUUACUCCAAAUUUAUUAAUUCCUUUGUCAACAAGGAUCGCUCGAAAUUGAGCAACUAGGGUUAAUCUUUGGUUAAAAGUUAUCGAUAGAAAUGGAUCAUGGGUCGACAAAGUGCAAGAUGUUCCCGACCCGUUGCAGCCGGCCGCCGCAUCCGUCGCUGAAUAGUCGUCCGCAAGAUAGAUGAAGAUUGGUCGGACGACAUCCCAAUCUUUUGACAAUAUACUCAUUUUCGUUUGUAUUCCAGCGAUCCAAACAGCGAGAGAAAUUGAGAAAGAGAACCCCGGCUCCGGCGAACCACCACAGGCGACCCUUUCUCCGGCGAACCACCACACAGGCGACCCAAUCUCUGGGAAUUUACUUACGUAUUCCUUUUCGGGUUGGAUGGAUGGAUGGAUGCCGGAAAAGAAUAAAGAAAAAUGUAGAUCAAUCUGCAGGGGUGGGAAUUUUUCAAAGCCUUUAUCAUCCUCAAGUUUUUACUUGAUACAUUCUCAUGGUGUGCGAUACCUUAGCAACUUGGUAAAUUUUGCUGAUGAAACAAGUAGACAGAUUAACUUUGAGCAUUUAUUUAAUGCUUGCACGACAUCUGAGGUUACAAGGCGCGUUCAUGCUCUUCUUAUUGUGUCAGGCAAAGCCCUAAGCUUUUUUUAUGCUACAAGGCUCGUCAACAAGUAUUCCUUUCUCGGUAAUGUCUCCUUGGCCAGGGACACUUUUGAUCAAAUCUCUAGAAAGGAUUCCUAUACAUGGAAUUCCAUGAUCUCAGCUUAUGUCCGGAAUUCCCAUUUUGAUGAAGCAAUAAAAUGUGUGUUUGAAAUGCUGUCAAGCACUGAUGUUCGACCUGAUUUCUACACCUUCCCCCCUAUCUUGAAAGCUUGUAAAUCUUUAUGUGAUGGGGCACUGUUUCAUUGCUGGGUUUUGAAAUUGGGGUUUGAGUGUGAUGUGUUUGUGGCUGCUUCAUUAGUGCAUAUGUACUGCCGUUUCGGGUUUUCUAGUCGUGCGUAUACGAUUUUCAGAAAUAUGCCAUAUUGGGACAUGGGAUGCUGGAACUCCAUGAUUUCAGGAUUUUGUCAAAGUGGCAAUCAUAAAAAGGCAUUGGCAGUUUUCGAUGAGAUGAUACUGAGAGGCAUAGCAAUUAACGCGGUGACUGUCUCGACUAUUCUCGCAAUUUGUGCACAAACUAAUGAUUCAUUAUGCGGCAUGUUGAUCCAUUUAUUCACGAUAAAGCACGGUUUGGAAUCUAACAUCUUUGUUUCUAAUGCUUUGAUCAACAUGUAUGCCAAAUUUGGCUACAUGGAUUGCGCCCGAAAUGUUUUCGAUCAAAUGGGCGUUAGGGAUUUGGUUACUUGGAACUCCAUAAUCGCAGCAUACGAGCAACGUUGUUGUCCACAGGUAGCACUGGCUUUUUUUCACGAGAUGAAGUCAAAUAAAGUCCAACCUGACUCGUUGACACUGGUGAGCCUAUCCUCAUGCCUUGCUCAGACAAGAGAUAUUUUACGCAGCAAAUCAAUUCAUGGAUUUGUUAUCAGGAGAUGCUGGAUCACAAAAGACACCAUAAUUGGAAAUAGCAUCGUCGACAUGUACGCGAAAUUAGGCAUUUUGGAUUCCGCGCGUCGGGCUUUUGAGCAACUUCCUUUUAAAGACGUAAUCUCGUGGAACACACUGAUCGCGGGUUAUGCUCAAAAUGGCUUCGCAAGUGAGGCCAUUAACUUGUAUCGAGCAAUGAAAGAAAAAGAUAAUCUGAAGCCUAACCAAGGAACGUGGGUGUCAGUUUUACCAGCUUAUGCUCAUUUAGGAGCUCUUAGAGAUGGAAUAAGAAUCCAUUGUCUGGUGCUUAAACAAAACCUUGACGUGGAUAUGUAUGUGGGCACUUGUCUUAUUGAUCUAUACGGAAAAUGUGGUAGACUUCGUGAAGCUAUGCUGUUAUUUCGUGAGGUGCCAAGAGAAACUUCAGUAACUUGGAAUGCUGUAAUAUCGUGCCACGGGCUUCACGGGCUUGGUCAAACAUCUGUCCGACUUUUUCACGACAUGUUGCGUGAGAGAGUGAAUCCCGAUGAGGUGACUUUCUUAUCUUUAUUGACAGCUUGUAGCCAUUCGGGUCUUGUUGACGAGGGAAAACGGUAUUUUCACACCAUGGAGCAAGAAUAUGGAGUGAAGCCCACUUUAAAGCACUAUGGCUGCAUGGUUGACUUGUUUGGGCGGGCCGGGCUAUUGGAAGAAGCAUACAAGUUUAUUGAAACCAUGCCUGUGAGGCCCGAUUCCUCAAUAUGGGGCGCUCUUCUUGGUGCCUCUCGAGUUCAUGGAAAUGUUGAGAUGGGUCAAAAGGCAUCCUGCCAGUUAUUCGAGCUCGACCGGGAAAAUGUCGGAUAUUACGUUUUACUGUCGAAUAUUUACGCAAACUUUGGGCGGUGGGAAGGGGUCGACACAGUAAGGUCAUUGGCCCGGGAUCGCGGCUUGUGGAAAACGCCAGGGUGGAGUUCGGUCGAAUUAAAUAAUGAACUCGAGGUUUUCUAUUCCGGCAGCCGGUCUCAUCCUCAGAGUGAGGACAUAUACAAGGAACUAGCUUUACUAAAUUCUAAAUUGAAAAGCCUCGGUUAUAUCCCAGAUUAUAGUUUUGUGCUUCAAGAUGUAGAAGAUGACGAGAAAGAGAAUAUUCUCUCCAGCCACAGCGAGAGGUUGGCUAUUGUGUACGGAAUUCUUAAUACGCCACCUAAAAGCACUAUAAGGAUAUACAAAAAUUUGCGGGUUUGUGGCGACUGCCACAAUGUGACGAAACUGAUAUCUAAAGUUAUGGAGAGGGAAAUUAUCGUGAGGGACUCGAAUCGUUUUCAUCACUUCAGAGACGGGUUUUGCUCAUGUGGUGACUAUUGGUGAUGCGUGCCCCAAUUCUCAGUUUUACAGAUAAUAUGGUUAGGUUCUCCAUUUUCUGUCAUGGGGUUUCUUUUUUUUUAUCCUCCUUAUUUUGUUAUAGGUUCUCAAAAUAUGCACUUUUGAGCAUUUGAGAAUAAGUUAGGACUGAGUUUGCAUAAGAAGUUUAGUGAUUAAUGUAAUAUUUUGUAACUUUUUAAGUCAUUUUGUUAUGAAUAUUUUCUUCUGGAGUGGUUGUUGGUCUCAGGGAGUUGACAGUGUAUCAUUAGUGGCAAACUGGUAAGGGUUAUCAAAAAUCAGUAUGAAUGGUAUAAGCAGAAUAGGGUGUUGCCAAAUGGCCUUUCAUUGAUGAGCAACGUUUACUAGCUGAGGUAGCAACGAUAGAGCACAAGCUUACGGCAUAGAAGAAGAAGCACGGAGAAACAGCGUGAUUUUUGACAUGCUUUUUGUUUCAGUGUCGCAAACUCUGUCCCCAUACAUUUUUUCUCUUGAUGAUCUCUGUAAGCAGAUGACAGACCAAGAAAGAAUUCAGGUCAAGGAGCAGAUUGAUCCUGUUGCCAGGCUUACAACCUUUUGGAGGUGAAGCCUCACUAACGGGUUGUAUUUCUUGGAGAGUUUUUCCAGCCUCUGGUACAAAUGCGCAAGAGUCAAGUGAAAACCUUAAGAUUGUGAACUGCAAGUCCAAGGGGAGCUCCUGAACAAGGUGUCCUGCUAUCAUAGUCUCAUAAUUAUUUCAGCAUAGGUCUAAAUUCAAAUGCCAACCUUUUUUCCCCAUGUUGGGAUAUAUAUGUUGUAGGUUCUGCUUUUGAAUGGAUUGUGGCAAAAUCAUGUCUUGUAAUUGUUGAGUCAUAAAUGGUUUUGUUGUUAGUACAAAGGCUGAGUCUCACAAUUUGGAUCCAUGAACAUAUGCACAUAUACAUGUAAAAAUAAAUUUAAAUAUCAAAUUAUCAAUCAUAUUGCACCUAAAAUGUGUGCCUCUACAUUUUUGGCUUUGUAGAGA